AUGAAGUACCUCAGUACCAGGGGCGGUUCCGAGCGCCUCACGUUUGAGGAGGCCGUUCUUACCGGUCUCGCUCCCAACGGAGGUCUUUUCAUCCCUCAAGAGAUUCCACAGCUGCCCGCCAACUGGCAGUCUGAAUGGGCCGACCUUUCCUUUUCCGAGCUUUCGCAUCGCGUCCUCUCCCUUUACAUUCCUCAAGACCCAGCAGAAGGCGGCAUUCCUUCUGCCGAUCUCCAGCAGGUCAUCAACAAGUCGUACGCCACGUUCCGACACAAGGACAUCACACCGCUCGUACGAUUGGAUGACAAAGAAUGGUGUCUCGAACUCUGGCAUGGCCCCACAUUUGCGUUCAAGGAUAUUGCGCUUCAGCUUCUCGGCAACCUGUUUGAAUACUUUUUGCAGCGAAGAAACAACGGCAAGCCGGCUGAGCAGCGUGAGAAGCUCACCAUCGUAGGUGCUACCAGUGGUGACACCGGUAGUGCUGCUAUCCAGGGUGUACGAUCCAAGCAAGACAUCUCGAUCUUUAUUCUUUUCCCCCAUGGCCGUGUCAGCCCCAUUCAGGAAGCGCAGAUGACUACUGUGCUCGACGACAAUGUCCAUAACGUUUCCGUCCAAGGCACAUUUGACGACUGCCAGGACGUCCUCAAGGCGCUCCUCUCUGACGCCGAAUUUAACGCCAAGCACCGUUUGGGUGCCGUUAACUCGAUCAAUUGGGCGCGUAUCCUUGCUCAGAUAGUCUACUACUUCGCCGCAUACUUUAGCUUCCGCAAGCAGCUCGGUUUGUCUGCUUCCCAGUCUACACCCAAGGAUCUCGAAUUUGUCGUUCCCACGGGCAACUUUGGUGACAUUCUCGCUGGCUACUAUGCCAAGCGAAUGGGUCUACCCGUCUCGCGACUCGUCGUGGCUACCAACGAGAACGAUAUCUUGCAACGAUUCUGGGCCACCGGCCGAUACGAAAAGUCCAGUGCUGCUUCAUCCUCCUCGGCGGCUUCCUCGGCACAGACCGAGCCGGCAAACGGUUCUUCCGAUGGUGCUCAGCAGGGCGGUGUUCGAGCCACGCUUUCGCCCGCCAUGGAUGUUCUGAUCUCUUCCAACUUUGAACGUUUGCUCUGGUAUGUUGCUUACGAAUCGCAAGCUCCCUCCAACGCCGACGCCUCUGAACAAGAAAAGCAAGAGGCCGCAGGACAACAACUUGCGUCGUGGAUGCAGUCGCUCAAGACUGAAGGUCGCAUCGCCGUUGACGAAGCACAGCUAGCCAUCGCCCGCCGUGAUUUUGCCGCUGAACGAGUUUCCGACCAAGAAAUCCGCGAGACCGUGUUGCAGUACUUUGUCCGAAAACCUACUGCUGCCUACCCUGCUGGUUCGUACCUCGUCGACCCGCAUACCGCUGUUGGAUUCAAAGCCGCCGCGAAUGCGUCGAGCACCUCGUCCAACGCACACCAGAUUGUACUGUCCACUGCGCAUCCCGCCAAGUUCGCCGAGGCGGUUACUUCGAGUUUGGAGAGUGCAGGUGCAGAUUUUGAUUUCGAGCGCGAUGUCCUGCCAAAGGAAAUGGUUGGUUUGCUGGAAAAAGAAAGGAGAGUGAUUCAUGUGAAGCCCCAGGGCAAACCCGGUGUAGAAGGGCUGGUAAACGCGGUCAAAGAUGUGGUCGAAAAACAGGCCGAAGUGGUCAAGGCUCGUGCGCCAUCUGCUAACACUGCUAGUGUAUAA